CGUUUCAGGUGUGAUAUUUUUCUCUCUCCUCUCUGGCUUGUCCCUCCAAAUCAAAUCAAACGAAAUCACAGAUUCUCUCUCUACUCUACGCGUUAACUCGACUCCUUGCAGCACCGACGGUCUUAAUUACCACGCUCUCGCCGUACGUUGAAUUUCUUGCUUUUCUCCCGCAAAGAAAAGACAGCACAACAACUCUUUCUGAACUUCAACUUCAACCCCGGCGAUUCUGUGAGGGGUAUGAAUCUCCUAUAAUCUAACAAGUCACCUAACAAGGAGAGAAGUAUACAAGGCUACCCCUUGUCUCUUGGAAAAGGCACAAGUCUACAUCUAUCAAUCAUCUACGAGCUUGGUCCAUGGAGACUGCUUGGACAAACGAAGCUUCUUCUUCUUUCUCCUCCUCCUCCAUCCCAGAGCAAUUCAAAUAUGACGUCUUUUUGAGUUUCAAUGGUGUUGAUACACGCAACAAUUUUACCAGCCAUCUUUUAGCCGCUUUAGAGAGACAUGGCUUUCAUACAUUCAGAGAUGACGCAAAGCUCAACCGAGGAGAAUAUAUUGGCUAUGAACUUCUGAAAGCAAUUGAGGAGUCAAGAAUUUCACUGGUUGUUCUCUCAAAAAAUUAUGCUGCAUCCAGGUGGUGCCUUGACGAACUUGUGAAGAUCAUGGAGUGCAGGAAAACCUUGCAACAGGUUGUUCUGCCUAUCUUUUAUAAUGUUGAGCCAUCCGACGUGAGGGUGCAGAAGGGGAGUCUUACAGAAGCAUUUGCCAAGCAUGAAGAGUGUCUUAAAGAGGGUUCAGAUGGCAGGGUGGACAAGUGGAGGGAAGCUCUCACUGAGGUUGCCAAUUUGUCAGGUUGGGAUGUGCCAAAGGUGGCCAACGGAGAUGAAGCAAAGUUAAUUCAGAAAAUCGUCGAAGAGGUUGGAAAUAUACUAGACAUUGCACAUAUGAAUGUUGCAGACCACCAAGUUGGAUUAGAGUCUCGUCUGCAAAAGCUCAAUGUUCUUUUGAACAUGGAAUCAAGUAAUGUAUGCAUUGUUGGAAUAUGGGGGUUUGGUGGAAUUGGUAAGACUACAAUAGCUACAAAAGAGUAUAAUCUCAUCCAACAUAUGUUUGAAGGUAGCAGUUUCCUUGCAAAUGUCGGAGAAACUUCGAAGCAACCGAAUGGUCUGGUUGCUUUACAAGAGCAACUUCUUUCAGAUAUAUGCAGAAAUAGAACUCAUAAUGUAAGAAAUUCCUAUCAAGGAAUUGAGGUUAUAAAACGAAGAGCUUUCUGUCGAAAGGUUCUUCUUGUUCUUGAUGAUGUGGAUAAUGUCCAACAACUGAAAGCAUUAGCAAUAGAUAGAGAUUCCUUCGGUUCUGGAAGUAGGAUUAUCAUAACAACAAGAGAUAUAUCUUUGCUAAAUUUGCUUAAAGUGGAUGAGAUCUAUGCACCAAAGCCGUUAAAUAGGAGUGAAUCUCUUGAACUCUUAAGUUGGCAUGCCUUUAAGGAAGACCAUCCCAAAGACAACUAUUUGGACCUUUCGGAUCAAGUCGUGGCCUAUGCUGGAGGGCUUCCAUUAGCUCUUGAAGUUUUGGGUUCUCUUUUAUAUGGCAAGAGCAUACCUGAAUGGAAAAGUGCAAUCGCAAAAUUGAAAAAAAUCCCUCAUGUUGAUAUUCAGGCAAAACUUAAGAUAAGUUUUGAUUCACUGAGUGAUGAAGUGAAGGAGUUGUUCCUAGAUAUGGCAUGUUUUUUGGCUGGAACAUAUGGCGAUUCUACAAUCAAAAUACUUGAAGGCUGUAACUUUUUCGCAGCAAUUGGGAUUCGGGUUCUGGCCGAUCGGGGUCUCAUAAAAUACGGGCCCUGUAAUAAGCUUCUGAUGCAUGAUUUGGUUAGAGACAUGGGCAGAGAAAUUGUGCGACAAGAAUCUGUUAUGGAGCCAGGGAGGCGUAGCAGAUUGUGGUAUAAAGAGGAUGUCCUUGAAGUGUUGAGAGAUGGAACGGGAACUGAAGCGGUUGAAGGGCUCUUCCUUAACAUUGCUGAGCCAAAUGACAUCCAAGUGAAUCCAAGGGCAUUUGAAAAGAUGAACAGACUAUGGCUACUUCAUCUCGAUUACGUUAAUCUAAGAGUAGGUUAUGAACAUAUCUCUAAAAGGCUACUUUGGCUAUGCUGGAAUGGAUUCCCUCUGAAAUGCGUCCCAUCAAAUUUACAUAUGGAGAAUUUGGUUACUCUUGACUUGUGUUAUAGUCGCCUAAAACAAGUAUGGAAGGGAACCAAGGUCUUGGUUAAACUGAAAUUCCUUUACCUCAGUCAUUGCUAUUACCUAACCAGAGCUCCUGACUUCUCUGGACUCGUCAAUCUCGAGGAACUGUUGCUUAAUGACUGUGUAAGGUUGGUAGAGGUAGACAAAUCUAUCUCAUGUUUGAACAAACUUGUUCUCCUUGAUAUGAAGAACUGCAAAAACCUUGAGAAACUUCCCUCGGACGUUUGGAUGUUGAAAUCUCUCGAAUCUUUUGAUCUUUCUGGCUGCUGCAAGCUAGAGAAAUUACAUAGAUUCAAAGGAUCGCCACCUAAAUCACUGUUCUCAUUCCUCUCAUCUUGGACAUUGAGAACAAAGAGAAUGGUUCCACCGGCCUCUGUACAGGGCUUAAGUUGCUUAACACAAUUGAGCAUCGCAGAUUGCAAUCUGUCACAUUUACCCUGUGAAAUUGGAAGUUUGAUCUCACUAGAGAUGUUGGAUCUUGGCAGAAACAAUAUACCUACCUUACCGGAUAGUUUCUUUAACCUUGCUAGCUUGAAGGAAUUGUAUAUGAACAACUGCGGUAUUACACAACUGCCCGGACAAAUUGAGAGUUUGGGAUCAUUAGAGUUUUUGGGUCUUGGAGGAAACAAUUUAAUUUCCUUACCAGAUACUCUGUGUAACCUUACCUGCUUGAGGACGUUGGAUUUGUAUGACUGCAACGUGUCACGUCUGCCAGAUGGAAUAGGGAAGUUGGUUUCAUUAUUGUAUUUGAAUCUUGCCCAAAAUGGUUUACGUACCCUGCCGGACAGUCUGUGCAACCUUACUAGCUUGGAGUUUUUGUAUCUGAAUAACUGCAAUGUGACGCAUCUGCCAAGCGAAAUUGGGAGGUUGAUCUCAUUGGAAACUUUGGAUCUUGGAGGAACCAGAUUACUUGCCAUACCAGAUAGUUUCCGUAAACUUACUUUCUUGAAGGAGUUGUAUAUGCCACACUGUAAUUGGUGGAAAGAUCUAGCUGGGGUGGAACCUUGGGGUUAUUCUGACAGUAAUGUGUCACAUCUGCCCCAUGGAAUUGGAACCUUGAGGUCGUUAGCGUGUUUUGAUCUUGAAACUGAGAACAACUUCGCAACUAAUGUUUCCGACUUCAAUGAUGUUCACGAGAUCCGCUGCAACAAAAGAUGGGCAAACCGCUUGCGCUUUAGCGGCGGAGAAGGGGCAUUUGGGUUUAUACGGUUCAUCGCAUUUAAGCGACAUGCUGCGAGAAUUAUCGGCGUGACGGCGAUGAAGAGUUGUAUUGCCGAAGGGGCGAAGGCGGCGUUCAAGGGUGGAAUAGAGAGCGUGAAGCCGUUGCUAAGGCACGGGGCGAAGGUGGAUUUCGGCUGCAGGCCAGCGUUUUUUGAGAGCUUAAUUGAGAAGGUUUUCUAUAAGUUCGUUUUCGGGAAGAAUCAGCUGGCGUUGGUUCAGGAAUCGAACGUAGGCUACUGGGAUAUGUUUUCAACAGCUUGGUCCAUGGACACUGCUUGGGCAAACCAAGCCUCUUCCUCUUCCUCGCCCUCCUCCAUCGCAACACAAUUCAAAUAUGACGUCUUCUUGAGUUUCAGCGGUGUUGAUACCCGCAAAAAUUUUACCAGCCACCUUUCAGCCGCUUUAGAGAGACAUGGCUUUCAUACAUUCAUAGAUGACAAAGAGCUCAAGCGAGGAGAAUAUAUUAGCGAUGAACUUCUGAAAGCAAUUAAGGAGUCAAGAAUUUCGCUGGUCGUUCUCUCAAAAAAUUAUGCCUCGUCCCGGUGGUGCCUUGACGAACUUGUGAAGAUCAUGGAGUGCAGGAAGAAGUUGCAACAAAUCGUUUUUCCUAUCUUUCAUGGGGUUGAGCCUUCAGACGUGCGAGCGCAGAAGGGGAGUCUUGCAGAAGCAUUUGCCAAGCACGAAGAGCGUUUUAAAGAGGGUUCAGAUGGCAGGGUGAAGAAGUGGAGGGAAGCUCUCACUGAGGUUGCCAAUUUGUCCGGUUGGGAUUUGCCAAAGGUGUCCAAUGGUGAUGAAGCAUAUCUAAUUCAAAAAGCCGUUGAAGAGGUCCAAAAUAACUUAAAUAAUGUACUUCUACAUGUUGCAUGGCAUGAAGUUGGACUAGAGUCUCGCCUUGGAAAACUCAAGUUGUUGUUGAAAAUGGAAACAGAUGAUGUUCGCAUUGUUGCUAUAUGGGGGAUGGGUGGAAUUGGUAAGACAACAAUAGCUAAAAAGCUAUAUAAUCUCGUCCGACAUGAGUUUGAAGGCUGCACUUUUCUUGCAAAUAUUAGUGAAACUUCGAAGCAAACGAAUGGUCCGGUUGUUUUACAAGAGCAACUUCUUUCGGAUAUACUCAGAAGUGGAACUCAUAACUUAAGAAAUUGUCAUCAAGGAAUUGAGGUUAUAAAACGGAGAGCUUUCUGUCGUAAGGUUCUUGUUAUUCUUGAUGAUGUGAAUAACGUCCAACAAUUGAAAGAUUUAGCCAUAGAUCGAGAUUCCUUUGGUGUUGGAAGCAGGAUUAUCGUAACAACAAGAGAUAUUUCUUCAUUAAAGUUUCUUAAAGUGGACGAGAUAUAUGCAGCAGAGAAGUUGAACGAGGACGAAUCUCUUGAACUCUUCAGGUGGCAUUGCUUUAAGGAAGACCAUCAUACAAAAGACCAUUUGGACCUUUCAAAGCAAGUUGUGCACUAUGCUGGAGGGCUUCCAUUAGCUCUUGAAGUUUUGGGUUCCUUUUUCUGUGGCAAGAGCAUACCUCAAUGGAGAAGUGCAAUAGCGAAGUUAAGAACAAUCCCUGAUGAUGAUGUUCAAGGAAAACUUAGGAUAAGUUUUGAUUCGCUAAGUAAGGAAGUGAAGGAGUUGUUCCUAGAUAUGGCAUGUUUUUUUGUUGGAACAGAUCAAAAUUUUACAGUAAAAAUACUGGAAAGCUGCAACUUUUACGCAGAAAUUGGGAUUCAGGUUCUAGCUGAUCGGUGUCUUGUAAAAUAUCACCCUAACCGAAUUGUGAUGCAUGAUCUGCUUAGAGACAUGGGCAGAGAAAUCGUCCGACAAGAAUCUAUUAGGGACCCAGGGAGGCGGAGCAGACUGUGGUAUCAUGAGGAUGCUCUUGGAGUGCUGAGAGAUGGCACGGGCACUGAAGCUGUUGAAGGCCUCUUCCUAAACUUUCAUGAGCCGAAAGAGGUCCAAGUAAAUUCAAAAGCAUUUGAAAAGAUGAACAGAUUGUGGCUGCUUCGUCUCGAUUAUGUUCAUCUCAGAAAAGGUUACGAACAUAUCUCCAGAAGACUAAUGUGGCUAUGUUGGAUUGGCUUCCCAUUGAAAUGUUUGCCGUCAAAGCUGCACAUGGAGAAUUUAGUUACUCUUGACUUGCGUUAUAGUAGCCUGAAAAAAGCAUGGAAGGGAACCAAGAUCUUGGUCAAACUGAAAUUCCUUUACCUAAGUUAUUGCUAUCACCUGAUUGAAACCCCCGACUUCUCUGGACUCAACAAUCUUGAGGAACUGUUGCUUAAUGAUUGCGUAAGGUUGGUAGAGGUUGAUGAAUCUAUUAGAUUUCUCAACAAACUUGUUAUCCUAGAUAUGAAGAACUGUAAAAAACUUCAGAAGUUUCCCCCUAGCAUUUUGACGUUGAAAUCUCUCGAAAGUCUUGAUCUCUCUGGCUGCUCCAUGCUCGGAAAAUUUUCUGGAUUCAAAGGAUCACCAUCUAAAUCCCAAUCCCCAUUCCUCUCAUCUUGGAUUUUCAAAACAAAGAGAAUGGAUUCUAUUGGUUUGUCACCUUCCCAUGUACUUGGUUUAAGUUGCUUAAAAGAUUUGAGGAUGGAAAACUGCAAUCUGUCAUGUCUACCAAAUGAAGUCGGGAAUUUGAUCCGGUUGGAGACUUUGGAUCUUAGCGGAAACAAUUUGCCUACCUUACCGGAUAGCAUCUGCGACCUUACUCGCUUAAAGAGAUUGACUUUGGAAGGCUGCAAUCUGUUGCAUCUGCCUAGUGAAAUUGGGAGGCUGAUAUCGUUGGAUACUUUGGGUCUUCAAGGAAACAGUUUACGUAUCCUGCCAGAUAGUAUCCUCAACCUUGCUCGCUUGAAGAGUUUGCAUUUGAAUGACAGCAAUGUGACACAUCUGCCCAGUGAAAUUGGGAGGCUGAUUUCGUUGGAGACUUUGAAUCUUGAUGGAAACCGCUUACUUACCCUACCGGAGAGUAUCUGUAACCUUGCUUCCUUGGAAGCCUUGUUUUUGAAUGACUGCAAUUUGUCCCAUCUGCCCGACCGAAUUGGAAUGUUGAGCUCGUUAAAGUUGUUGGAACUUGAAAGGAACAAUGUUUGUAGCAUACCAAAUAGUUUCAGUGACCUUGCUAGCUUGGAGGACCUCCGAUUGAAUGAUUGUGGAAGGCUCCAAUCACUUCCACAGCUUCCGGUAAAUAUAUUGCGUGUGGAUGCAAGCUGCUGCACAUCACUAGAAAACAUACCUAUUGAGUUCAAUUGGCAAGCUGGACUACGCAUGUCCUUUGGGGGAUGCAAUAUGUUGGCUAAGUGCAAUUCUGUAAAUAAUUUUAUAGAAAGACUCCACCAGUAUAAGGGAUGGUCUGAACGCAGUGAACUGAAUAUCGAUACAAAUAUUUCUCUUCCAUUGGAUGAGGUUCCCAAUUGGUUCGAGUACCAGUGUGCAGGGUCAAAAUUCUCCCUUGUGGUGCCGCCUCUGGAAAAUCGGAGAAUAGUGGGCUGGUCUUUUUGUGUAGUUUUCAGUAGCAACGGAUAUCGUGAUAAAGGUUUUCCAUUUCACAUUUUCUGUAACAAACCUACACUGGCCAACCCUACACUGUUCAGGUUAGUGCCUUUCAUAAACUAUCAAGGUCAAGAUCAGAUGAUACUCCUUCAUCGCCCAUUAAAUUCCGGAGGAAUCCAUGGCGGGGAUGAAUUGGAGAUUGAGAUAAUUCCCAAUCCGUGGGAAAGAGUGCCGUUGUUGACAGUGAAGAAGUGUGGGAUUCAUUUCAUUUAUGAGGACAUUACAGAGGUGCCGAUCGAAAAAGAAAAGAGAAAGUUCAGAAUCAAGGGAUCCAGAUAUUUCUAGUCCGAGAAAUCAGUCGAGGCCACGUACUUAAGGGCAGGAAAAAGAUCUCUUUGUUUGUUUUAUAAACUACUAAUGUCGAGUUUUAGGACUGUUUAACUUAAUUAUAUGAUGUGGCACAUUACACAAUGAUCGCAUGCGCUACGUGAGAGCAAAGAUGAGAUGAUCAAAUGCAAAUAGUUCCGGAAUGCAGGAGGAAGAACAAAAUGGGCACAUGAGUGCACCAUCAAUUCACCCGCCUACAUCUGGGGCUGAAAAUUUCAUACGGCCUCCGUUGUGUUCAGUGUUUUUAAUAAUUAUACUUUGUUGCGUACAGUUCGGUGAGUUGAAAGAUUGAACCAUUUCACACUGCA